AUGGCAUUGGCAAGCGACAUGUUGUUGCUUAUGAGGGGUCUGGCCAAGCUAAGCCAGGCCAUGAUCGAGACCCAGGGCAGCUCGCUGCGUUUCGGAGGAGUCCAGACUAUGGGCCAGAGCAUGCAGAUGACGGCUGAACAGGCCAUGAGCGUGGCCAUGCAGAAAGUUCAGGAGUUCUCAGGCAAACAACAAAGUGUCUCCGAUUUUGCCGCAGACACGGACACCAAGUAUGACUUCACCUCUUCAGAGGAGAACCUUGAAAGUGCAGGACAUGAAGGUUUGGACAGUGAUUCAGUUUUUAGGGACUCUAACACAGGUGCAGCAAACGCAUAUAGCCAAGCUCCAGGAAAGUCCAAACUGUUUGAAGGCUACAAAGACCCUACCAGCCAGUUCACGGGCCAAACGCGGUCAUAUCACCAGGAUCACUCCUCUGUUGGAGGAAUCACGGCUGAGGAUAUAGAGAAAGCCAGGGAGGCGAAACGAAACAGCUCCAAACCACACAAACAAAUGCUCAGUGAAAGAGCGAGAGAGCGGAAGGUACCGGUCACACGGCUGGGCAGACUAGCAAAUUUUGGAGGGCUUGCUGUGGGUUUGGGUAUUGGAGCUUUGGCUGAAGUGGCAAAGAAAACCCUCAGAUCAGAAGAGAAGAAUGGUGAUAAGAAGGCAGUUUUGGACCAAAGCCCCUUCCUGUCCGAGGCCAAUGCAGAGCGUAUCGUCAGGACGCUGUGUAAAGUGCGUGGGGCGGCCCUUAAACUCGGUCAAAUGCUCAGUAUCCAGGAUGAUGCAUUCAUCAACCCACAGCUCGCCAAGAUUUUCGAACGUGUCCGUCAGAGCGCAGACUUCAUGCCGAUCAAACAGAUGAUGAAAGCCCUGAACAAUGACCUGGGCCCGAACUGGAGGGAUAAAUUGGACAUGUUUGAAGAAAGACCCUUUGCUGCUGCAUCCAUCGGACAGGUCCAUCUGGCCAGGAUGAAAGAUGGUCGAGAGGUUGCCAUGAAAAUCCAGUAUCCUGGAGUGGCACAGAGCAUCAACAGUGAUGUAAAUAACCUGAUGACUGUACUAAGCAUGAGCAAUGCACUUCCUGAAGGUUUGUUCCCAGAGCAUUUGAUGGAUGUGAUGCGUCGUGAGCUGACGUUGGAGUGCGAUUACAUUAGAGAAGCCAAGUGUGCUCGGAAAUUCAAGGAGCUUUUAAAAGAUCACCCAUUCUUCUACGUGCCAGAGGUAAUCGACGAACUCAGCAGCCAGCACGUCCUCACCACCGAGCUGGUGCCGGGAUUCCCUCUGGACCAGGCCGAGAAUCUCUCACAAGAUCUGAAAAACGAGAUUUGCAGGAACAUCUUGAUCCUGUGUCUAAGGGAGCUUUUUGAGUUCAGAUACAUGCAGACCGACCCCAAUUGGUCCAACUUCUUCUACGAUCCACAAACUCACCGGGUGGCUUUGCUGGACUUUGGGGCAACGAGAGGUUUUGACGAGAGUUUUACAGACCUUUAUAUAGAGAUCAUCAAGGCAGGAGUAGAUGCAGAUCGAGAAAGUGUGCUGAAACGAUCCAUAGACAUGAAGUUCUUGACUGGCUACGAGUCCAAGUCAAUGGAGAACGCUCAUGUGGACGCAGUGAUGAUCCUGGGCGAGGCCUUCUCAUCCGAGGAGCCGUUCGACUUUGGGACUCAGAGCACCACUGAGCGGAUCCACAACCUCAUCCCUGUCAUGCUCAAACAGCGACUUGUCCCCCCGCCCGAAGAAACUUAUUCACUGCACCGCAAAAUGGGCGGGUCAUUCCUCAUAUGUUCCCGCCUCGGUGCUAAAUUGAGCUGCAAGGACAUGUUCAAUGAGGCUUAUAGCAAUUACUGGAGCAAGCGUGGGAAAGGACCAAGCAAAUGAUGGACAGUAUUUCCAGCCAAUCAGAGUUCAGGGUUUGGCAUAGCGGAAGCACAAUGCCAAUUACGAAUGUUGACGAAUGGCACUCUUGACUGAUCGAACUUUACCAUCAUACACAUUUGUUUUUUUUGUUUUGUUUUGUUUAUUGAGUGUUUUUUGGAAAUGAUAUCCAUGGAUAAUGGUCGUGUAAUGAAAAGAUUGCUAUUCCAAUGGAUAUUUCGAUGUGCCUGUCCUAUAACCAAGAAAGUUGGUUACUCAUCAGGCUUUGGGAUUGUAAACUGUUGGCUGUAGAACUUUGAACAUUUAAUAAACAAGCCAACGGUUUUUCCAGGUUUCUGGACUACUUCGCAUACAAGGACCGUUAACUUUGAUGCAUAUAUUGUUUAAGAAAGCAUUACGUAUUUUCUUUCAUGGUUUUGUUUGACUCGUGAAUGUCACGCACAAAGUAGACUCUUGUUAAGGCCAAAGUAAGGCGAUUGAUAGUUCUUGUAUUUCCUUAAGAUAAAUCCAUCUGUCUAGAUUGGCUACUUUAUUUUCGGUUUUCUCUGAUGUACAUCAUUGGGCUUGACUAUUUUGGUCUAUGAAAACAUCAAGCCUGUUUUGAUAUAAUGCAUUUUAAGAUGUUAAAAUAUUAUUGAAGAUGGGAUGGGGUGUCACUUCUGUAAAUGAAUUUAAAUGUGCCUAAAAGAAUCAAAGCAAGAAAAAGAAGAAAGCAUUGUUUAGUGUAAGAAUGACUUCAUAUCAUGUUUGGGAGCUUUUUUCUAACCGUCUUGCUAUUGGCAUUCUUACUAAAAAAUUGUGAUAAAAUUGUGAUAAUGAUCUGAAAAUAUUAAAUGUUUUUGAAUCAAAA